AUGUGUCAAGCCGAGAAUGGGCAGUGCACUGGGUGCGGGCGGAUUCGCCCCUGGGUCCGUCACUGCGAACUAUACAACCCUGCUGCCGACUCCUGCGUGAAUAUGAAUCUCGAAAACCCGCCUCUGAGGCCUCAUUACCAGCCUUGCGACAACCUCGAAUGCCCAUUCGUCGAUCCCAUCCUGCGAGGGCCCGACCCAAACUUCGAUCCCAAUGAAUUCGCUUCAAUCAUGUUGCUGAAGGAGGCCAACGACGCGAUGGACGCGGCCGCGGCGCUGGACGCCACGGGUGCCGCGUCCGAGACUGUGCAGCCUCAAAUGGGGGAGCAGAUCGCCGCCGCGGUUGAUGCCAGCGGUGGCACCGGCGGCGACGCUCCUGAGCCCAUCUUCGGCGACGUCGCCGGUCGUGCGGGCACCCCGUCAGUGUACUUGCCACAGAUUCCGGGAACUCCUGGUUCCCCGGUUAAGCCUAUGUUCGGAUUCGACAUGCCGAGCGAGCACGAGGUUGUCGAAUGUGCAACCGAAGUCUCCAAUGGCAGUCUGCUUGCUUUUGAAAUGGGUUCGAACGAACAGCCGGGCAUGCAAAUGCAACAGGCUGAUGCUCAGACUCUAAGUGUCAACGAUCAAUUCAUCGCGGCCAUUCAGCCACAGCCCGACGCAUCGCUUUAUAUUGACCCGAGGCUCCUCACCAAGACGGCCUCAGAUUUCUCUGUCCUGGACGCUCCGACGGGGGCCAACGCUGAGACCAUGGUCCAACCUCUGAGAGAGCCCGAAGGCUCAAACAUCACACGUCCUCGUCUUCCCAACAUAUCAACUUCGGACAAUGGCCCGAAGGGCAACGGUCUCUCUCAAGCCAAUUCAGAAAUCCCCGUCGAUCAGCUGAGAAGCUCGUCCGAGCCGAGCAAGAAGCAGCGAAGACACACACCCCUGAAUCGUGUGUUCAGCGCGUCAGGGGCGGUGGCAACGACACCGGCCGUCAACCUACUCAAAGGAGCUCAGUUGCUCCCGCGCACCCAGACUGCGCACGUCACCCGAACCCGCCGGAUACGCCCUGCGAACCAGAUGAUCAUGAGAAAGCUCUUGAACCGCAAUCUAGGAGCGCCGUCUGGCGGCGUCAACGGCCCUUCGACCCCACACCCGCAAGGAGGGGCCUUCCACGUCCCCAACAGCCAGGGACUCGCCGGCACGCCGGCGCAACCUCACCUUACAUCCGCUACAGGACAACCCCAAGCCAGUUUGGGAAACGUGGGCGGCGGCAUGGCAUCGCUUUCCGAGUCGAAUGCAACUCUUGAGGCCCAAGCGCUCCAACUACACGCCCAGCAUUACCUUCCAGUGAGCCAGUCAGGGCUCGCCUCUUUGGGGGCGAUGGACAAUGCCACAACGGGUGACCACUGCCCGAACAGGACCGCGUAUUACAGCAGGCCUUCAAAUCGCCCACGGUCGAACUGGGAAAGUUUUUUUGCGUCUCGCACCCGCCCGUCGCGACGAGAGCAAUCCGCCGGCUUGAAGGGUGCUGGGCCAAGCAACAACGGCUUCGUGCAGCAGGCCCCUCUCAGCUCUCAACUGAAUCCUUUGACCCCGUUGGAUUCCCAGUUGCAGCCUUCUGGCCAUGGAAUCCCGCAGCCCCAGCCCAUGUUGCCGUCCGAUACCACGGCGAUAUUGCCUUCCGAUACAGCGGUACCGGACUUUCAUCCCACGAUGCUGGACAACGACCGUGUCUUUUGGGCCCAUUUUCCGCAAAGCAUGCUUCAGACAAACAUGCUUGGACAGAAUGGCUUCCAGCAGAACGGAUUCCAGCAAAACGACUUCCAGCAAGGCGGCUUCCAGCAGAACGGCUUCCAGCAGAACGGCUUCCAGCAGAACGGCUUCCAGCAGAACGGCUUCCAGCAGAACGGAUUCCAGCAAAACGACUUCCAGCAAGGCGGCUUCCAGCAAAGCGGCUUCCAGCAGAACGGCUUCCAGCAGAACGGUUACCAGCAGAACGGCUAUGUGCCAACGGGGUUCUAG